CACAGCUCCUUCCAGCUGUAAGGGUGGGUGAUACACAACAGACUCUACUAUUAAACCGAGCUGACUUCAGGCACAGUUAGGAUACAGUUUAUUUCUCUCCUUUCUGGAUUCUUACUUUACCCCUUCUGGUUAGCAGAAGGCUGAAGUGUCUUUGCUCUGGCUCGGUGGCUGAUUUACAUCAUCAGAGAGCAGCAGAGUGAGGAGCUGUGUGAUCUGCAGGAAUAAUGCUCGACGCUGGGGAGCUCUCAGAAAACGCAGCGGGAGACAAAACGCCUUUCCAGAACAAUUAUGGCGCAGCUACGGAGUUCAGCGGCGUGAGUGACGGAAGAUAAACUCAGCGGUUCAAAUUCAGCUGUCCGGCCAUCAUGUCUCAGCUCUACUACCGCCGGAAGGACCCUUCGUGUUACCGGGACCGCAUCCCUUUGCGCGUGGUGCGCGCCGAGGCCGAGCUGUCCGUGCAGGAGAAGUUGUACCUGAACGCCGUGGAGCGAGGGGACUACGGCAGCGUGAAGCGCGCGCUGGAGGAGGCCGAGAUCUACUUCAAGAUCAACAUCAACUGCGUGGACCCGCUGGGGCGCACGGCGCUGCUCAUCGCCAUCGAGAACGAGAACCUGGAGCUGAUCGAGCUGCUGCUCAGCUACAACGUGCACGUGGGCGACGCGCUGCUGCACGCCAUCCGCAAGGAGGUGGUGGGGGCCGUGGAACUGCUGCUCAACCACAAGAAGCCCAGCGGGGAGAAGCAGGUGCCACCUAUACUGCUGGACAAACAGUUCUCAGACUUCACCCCUGACAUCACCCCAAUCAUCCUCGCUGCCCACACCAACAACUAUGAGAUCAUUAAGAUGCUUGUGCAGAAAGGUGUGUCAGUCCCUCAGCCCCAUGAGGUGCGCUGUAACUGCAUGGAGUGUGUGUCCAGCUCAGAUGUGGACAGUUUGCGCCACUCUCGCUCCCGCCUCAACAUCUACAAGGCUCUGGCCAGCCCAUCGCUCAUCGCACUGUCCAGUGAGGAUCCCUUCCUGACUGCCUUCCAGCUGAGCUGGGAGCUGCAGGAGCUCAGUAAGGUGGAGAAUGAGUUUAAGACAGAGUAUGAGGAGCUGUCCUGCCAAUGCAAGUGUUUUGCCAAAGACCUUCUGGACCAAACACGUUCUUCCAGAGAACUGGAACUCAUCCUCAACUUCCGUGAUGACCUCAGCCUCCUACAGGAUGAGUCCAAUAAUGAGCUGGCCCGCCUCAAACUGGCCAUAAAGUAUCGCCAGAAGGAGUUUGUUGCCCAGCCAAACUGUCAGCAGCUGCUGGCCUCACGCUGGUAUGACGAGUUCCCGGGCUGGCGGAGGCGUCACUGGGCUGGAAAGUUCAUCACCUGCGUCUUCAUCGGCCUCCUCUUCCCCGUGCUCUCCCUCUGCUACCUGGUGGCUCCCAAGAGCCGCUACGGCCUCUUCAUCCGCAAGCCCUUCAUCAAGUUCAUCUGCCACACAGCCUCCUACCUGACCUUCCUCUUCCUCCUGCUGCUGGCAUCCCAGCACAUCGUCUCCACCGACCCCAACCGGCAGGGCCCAAUGCCCACCACUGUGGAGUGGAUGAUCCUGCCCUGGGUCUUAGGUUUCAUCUGGACGGAGAUCAAACAGAUGUGGGAUGGAGGCUUUCAGGACUAUAUCCAUGACUGGUGGAACCUUAUGGACUUUGUUAUGAACUCACUUUACUUGGCAACCAUUUCACUCAAGAUAGUUGCGUAUGUGAAGUACAGCGGAUGUAAACCCAGGGAGAGCUGGGAGAUGUGGCACCCCACGCUGGUGGCCGAGGCUGUGUUUGCCAUCGCUAACAUCUUCAGCUCCUUGCGCCUCAUCUCCCUCUUCACGGCCAAUUCUCACCUGGGCCCUCUGCAGAUCUCUCUGGGCCGAAUGCUGCUGGACAUCCUCAAGUUCCUCUUCAUCUACUGCCUAGUGCUGCUAGCCUUCGCCAACGGCCUCAACCAGCUCUACUUCUACUACGAGACCAAAGAGGACCGGAAUUGCAAGGGCAUCCGCUGCGAACGACAGAAUAACGCUUUUUCAACCUUGUUUGAGACUUUGCAGUCUUUGUUCUGGUCCAUAUUCGGGCUGAUCAGUCUGUAUGUCACCAACGUUCAAGCGGACCAUAAGUUCACAGAGUUUGUGGGAGCCACCAUGUUUGGCACCUAUAACGUCAUCUCUCUAGUGGUUCUCCUCAACAUGCUCAUCGCCAUGAUGAACAACUCCUAUCAGCACAUCGCUGAUCACGCUGACAUAGAGUGGAAGUUUGCCAGGACUAAACUGUGGAUGAGUUAUUUUGAAGAAGGAGGAACACUGCCAGCACCUUUCAACAUUAUCCCCAGCCCCAAGUCCAUAUGGUACUUCAUUACCUGGAUUAAGAUACACAUUUUCAAACUAAAGUCAAAGAGGACAGAGACGUUUGGAGCGUUAGGGAGAAGAGCUGCUGAGAAAGUGAGACUCAGCCACCAGUAUCAGGAGGUGUUGAGAAACCUGGUGAAAAGAUACGUAGCAGCCAUGAUCCGAGACGCCAAGACCAAAGAGGGGCUCACAGAAGAAAACUUCAAGGAGCUGAAGCAGGACAUCUCCAGCUUCCGCUAUGAGGUUCUAGGGAUGCUGAAGGCAAAGCAAACAUGUGUGCCUGGUCCUAAGAUGGUGACAUCGACAUCAAACACUUCAUACCCAGACCAUUUGCUCCAGUGCUCCACAGCCCUGCUUCAGAAGAACAAGCCAAGCCUGCUGGAGGUCAGCACUGAACUGCUGGGGCCUCCAAGCAGCCUUCUCAACGGUUCUGUGAUGACCGCCAAAGAUCUGGCCAGAAAGGACUACCCCCAGGAUUUAUCUGACUUCGGCCUCUUCCAAAAGCCUCAACAGGGAACGAACAGUCAUUCCAGCACAAACAUCAUCUACUCAGUCUUAGAAGAGGCUGGAGAUUUGGAUAUUGACCAAUCUGAUUGCAGCACAGAGGAGAAGCACAAACAACCAUUGACUGAGAAGCACAUAGAGGAGGAGGAGUCAACGUGCCUGUCUGAGGAAGAAGAAGAGGAGGAAGAGGUGGAGGACCCAGAGCGAGAGCCAAUUGCAUCUCCAAAUGCAGUCCAGCUCUGCUCUCUUUCACCCACUGACACAUAACUUGAAGUUACUUGAUGAACAAGUUCACCUUUUAAGGUCAAAAAUAGACCAAUCUUCACUUUCGUACACUGAGGUGAGGAAUGGCUGAGCUGUGUCUUUGAACCGGCAUCUGAGGAUAGAUGUCCUUCUAAAGUCUCAGGGAAAGACUGUGUGGAAUUAAUCAGCUGUACUUAAUGGACAAAGAAUGAAUAACAUUCACCUUCUGGACCAGCAGCGAUACUUUAUGCAUGUAUCUCUGCAGAGAAAAAAAAAGAACAGUAUAAGCAGCCCGAUUGGUGCAGUAAACUUGUUUUUGUAAUAUUAUUACUUUUUACUAGGCUUCACUGUGUAAUCAUACACUCAUAGUCGCUCCUCAAUGGCUUUUCAUCUUUCUGGGUAACUGAAUAGUUACAGUCAGGCAAAAAGAAUUCCAGGUUCAGGCAAUAAUCUCUCUUCCAUCAACCAUUACAUGAUAACAUUUAGGGCUGUCAGUUGUUUACAUAAUGAAGUAAUUGGA